AUGUUUUCUAUCAUCUUCUCGAACCCUGUCAAGCCUUUUAACUCCGUAAUUAUCCAUCAAAUUCGAUUCUUUUCCCGUGACCCAUUCCCCAACAAAGUCCAGCACUACCUUUACAGAGCAAACCUCAUCGACUCUAUCCGUCUUAGCCUCCGCUCCCCAACAACCUCAGACAGGACACUAGCUUCUCUUCUAAACCACCGUCUUCUCGAUUCCUUUGUCGUCAAAAACGCUUUACGCUCAUCUCCUUCUGUGUCUUCUGCUUGGUCUAUCUUCAAAACUCUUAGUCACAAAAGCCCUCGCUUUUCUUUUGAAACUGAGACACUUCACGCCUUUGCCACUGUUCUUGCAAAGUUUCAGCGAUCUUCAGAGCUUAACUCUCUAAUUGGAGUUGUCAAUGCUUGGAAAUUCAGGAAUGUUCAUUUCAGCUUUAUGAAUCUCUUGAACUUGUAUGCAACUGCUGGUGAUUUCGACUCGGUUCUUAAGACGUGGGACGAGUAUAGAUGCUCAGGAGAGGAGAAGAAAGGCUGCACUGAGUCUUAUAACAUUGUGAUGCAAGUUUACAUGACUUUAGGUAAAGACUCUGAGGCUGUACAGACUUUUGAUCAGAUAAUCAACGAAGGAGGGAUUCCUAAUUCAAGAACAUUCACUAUUAUGAUUGAGCAUCUUGUGAAAUUGGGGAAUCUUGAUGCAGCCAUGAAGAUUUUUGAGACCUUGCCUUUGAUGAGGAUUACGCGGACUCUGAAGCAUUAUUCGGUUUUGGUUGAAGCCUUUGUUGAUGCACAACGGUUUGAUGAAGUCAAGACUCUGAUUGCUGAGAUGAAAUCUGAUGGGAAGUUCCCUAGUAGACGCAUGCUUGAGCCCCUGAAACGCAUGAGGGAGGCUGGUUUUGAACAUGAAACAGAGGAGUUUUUGAGAGAAAUGUUGCCGGAUGAGAGGAUCAAGGACAUUUCUAUGUAUUCUAUGGAUAAUCCCAGCGAUAGCGAAGACGAAGGAGACGAGUACAAAGAUGAUGUUAAUGAAGCUCAAGUUAAGUUGAAGCCAUGGCUGGAUCCAAAAGCUUUAGCAACUUCGUUAAAGAAGUGGAGCUCUGAUGCAGUCACUGCUUUGGAAGAAGCUAACUUCGUUUGGACAAAUCUAUUGGUCUGCAAGAUGCUAAGAAACUUCAGAGCACCUGAAACAGCAUGGAGUUUCUUCUGCUGGGUGGCGAUUCAACCAGGAUUCACCCACGACGCCUAUACGAUUGAGAGAAUGAUGGCUAUGUUAGCACGCAAUGGCCAAGUUGAACUGGUCGAUAAGCUCAUCUCGAAAGUGAGAAUCGAAGGGAUCAAAUUACCAUUCAGCACCAUCAGGCUGAUCAUUGAUCUCUACGGAAUUUCAAAGAAACCGGAAGCAGCCAUCAAGGUUUUCAACGAAGACAGAACACUCUGCGGUUCGAUAUCUGAUUUCAACCUCAUGCUGUUGUACUCAUCCCUCUUGAGAACAUUAACAAAAUGCAAGAGAAACGCAGAGGCUUUAGAAACGCUAGAAGAUAUGAUGUUGACAGGAGUUUCUCCUGAUAUCCAGACGUUCUCGGGUUUAAUGUACCACUUUGCAUUGCAGGGAGAGAUUCAAACAGUUGAGAGACUUUUCUCAAUGGUGAGACAGAUUGGUCUUGAACCUGAUCCGUACAUGUUAAAGCUUCUAGUUCAAGCGUAUUGCAGAUGCGAAAGAUCAGUGCUUGCUUACAGAGUGUUCCAAGACAUGAAAGAUUCGAAUCUGAUGCCUGACAGAGAGACGAAAGAGCUGCUUGUUAAGAGUUUGUGGAGAGAAGAGAAGCGAAAAGAAGCGGCUGCGGUUGAAGAGAGCUACGAGGAAGAGAAUGAUAACAAGAAUAGUAGUAACGUUUUGCGUUUGGCGUUGAAGGGUCAUGUGUGGACCAUUAGUUCUACAGACAUUUCUCGAGUCUACAAUCUCUACCGCGAUUGUGUUCUGAAAACUUCGACUUGACAACAUUUAUUCUAAGUUUCGUUUUUAUUGGGCCCAAUGAUCGUUAAAGGCCCAUAGAGUCUGUUGCUGAUAUAUUAUCUUAAAGCUGGUUGGUAAAUUAAUGGGUCAAC